AUUUGAUUGCCAAUAAUGACUUCGAAAAUAGUACGAAUUCAACUAUUGGCUUUAGGAGCUUUCAUGCUUACAAUAGCAACUGUAAACUGUACACCGCAUUUUGCACUUGAUGGGAAUUACACCAAUUCAAACGUCCACUCUGGUUUUAGAAAACAAGAUGUAGACGACUUUAAUCCAUUUGAUUUCUUCUUAACGUACGAUGAAACCAACCAAUGGAUGGAUGCGCUUUUUGCUAAGUAUCCAGAACAAUGCACGAUUAACACGAUUGGACAAUCGUACGAAGGUCGUGUUAUCAACGCCAUCAUCAUUAACCCAACCCAGGUCAAGACGGUCAUACUGGUAGCGAACUUGCAGGGCCGCGAAUGGGCCUCUAUGACUUCGGCUAUCUACAUCAUUCAUGAGCUUAUCCGGAAUACUAAAAGCUACCCGGAGGCAGCUAAUUUUCGUUGGAUCAUUGUCCCGAUAUCGAACCCAGAUGGGUACGAGUACACCAGAGCUGAAGAUCGCAACUGGAACAAGAAUCGUGUCCCUAAAUUGGAUGACAACGUUGGGGUUGAUCUAAAUCGCAACUUUGGAUACAUGUGGGAGCUACUGACGAACGACGAAGACGCUAAUCCGAACAGGGAGACAUACCGCGGUAUGAAACCCUUUUCGGAACCAGAAAGUCGUGCUAUAAAAGAUUUGCUGGUGAUGAAUGAGGAUGCAUACCUGUACGUUGAUAUGCACGUAGGCGGACAGCUUAUACUUAUUCCCUGGGGUUACACAGAUAAACCGGCACCGAAUGCAAAUUUUUUGCGAUCGGUGGCGCAAGCUGGCUCAUCGGCCAUAUUGUCACGGACGAGCCAAUACUACAUAGUUGGCACAUUAGGAGAACUCUUUAACCACCAGCCCGGAACAAGCAUGGACUACUGCUACUCGAUCGGUAUUAAGGUUUGCGUUGAAAUUAGGCUAACGAGUGAGGAAUUAGUAAGUGAUCCAAAAAAUAUCAUACCACACGGUCAGGAAGCUCUUGCCGCUGUACUAGCGAUGGCUGUAAAGGUAAAUGGACCCUAAAGGCUAUCAGGAUUUGAAUGGGAUUGUUUUGAAUACACUUACAAAGAUGUUAAAACAUUUAAAACACCAAUAAAGUAGAUAUUCUGAAAUCCUGUUAUACAUAAA